GCUUCGGCGCCGCCGCAACAGCAGGAGGCGACGGAUGGAGCGGGGAGCUUCAGGGCGGUAGCUCCCUCUCUGAUACCCUCCACCCCUCCCCCAAAAGGCGGCGGGAGGUAGUGAGGCGGCAAAGUGACCGCCUCCUUUCCCCACCUCCCCGUCACCAAUCCCGGGUCUAUCAUCAGCUUCUCACCAACCGGGGGUAAAAAAAAACACAAUAAUAAGAGGGGGCGGAAUGGCGGCAAAUAUGUACAGGGUUGGAGACUAUGUUUACUUUGAAAACUCUUCCAGUAAUCCUUACUUAAUAAGAAGAAUAGAAGAGCUCAAUAAGACUCCAAGUGGCAAUGUGGAAGCAAAGGUUGUCUGUUUUUACCGACGCAGAGACAUUUCAAACAGUCUGAUAGUACUUGCUGAUAAACAUGCAAAAGAAAUGGAGGAAGAACUGGAAACCCCAAGCAUUUUAGAUUUGACAGAGAAACAAAGACAUCAGCUUAAACACCGAGAGAUAUUUCUAUCUCGCCAGUAUGAGUCCCUUCCGGCCACACACAUAAGGAUGAUGAUUGGAGCUUUUUAA